UCAGUCCAUUGGAUGCCAUUCGCAGUUAGUUCAUUAGCGUUGAUGGAGAAUAACGCGUGGCUGGAGGAACAAUUGAAAAAUGGAUAAGAUAAUACAACAAAAGGAUGAUCAAAUUAUGAAGCUGCAGGCCCAAUUAUUGGAACAACACAAUAUAUUAGAUAACAACAAAGCUAAGGAUGCUCAAAUUUUGAGUCUACAAGCUCAGCUAGGGGAAAAGAACAAAUUGGAAUGGAACAGUUUCCAAACAGUGAAGGAGGUUUUUCAAAACUCUUCUCUAACUGAACGUGAGGAUGAGUUGGCAUUAGGCGAACACAGUCAGUUAUUCAGUCCACCACCUGACAGUGUGUUAAAUUUAAAUUCUGUUAGUGCUGUACUAAAAGAAUCGUUAAUAAUAAGUCCAUGCAGCGAAGGAACUGAAGAAUUGUGGGACCGUAUUUGGGCCGAAAAUGGGUGUGGUACAGAAACCCAGAAAUGGCACAAGGUUAACAUGAAACAUGGAUUAGAUUUUAACGGGGGAUCAAAUCAAGUCUGGAAGUGUUACAGGAUGGAAGAGUGAGCCUACAGAUGAAAAAACACUGAGAGUGCAUUACCGUAAGG